CGGCGGCUCAGCUGAGGCGGUAGUAGAAGCGACAACGACGUUUGCAGCGAUGGCCGGAGCGGGGCCAGCGCCGGGACUCCCGGGUGCGGGAGGACCCGUGGUCCCGGGCCCUGGCGCUGGCAUUCCGGGCAAGAGCGGCGAGGAACGCUUGAAGGAGAUGGAAGCGGAGAUGGCCCUGUUCGAGCAGGAAGUUUUGGGGGCUCCGAUAACCGGGAUCCCGACUGCUGUGCCCACGGUGCCUACCGUCCCCACAGUAGAAACGAUGCAAGUCCCAGCAGCUCCUGUGAUCCGCCCAAUUAUCGCGACCAACACAUACCAACAGGUCCAGCAGACACUGGAGGCUCGGGCAGCCGCUGCAGCCACAGUGGUUCCUCCCAUGGUGGGUGGCCCACCUUUUGUGGGCCCAGUCGGCUUUGGCCCUGGGGAUCGGAGUCACCUGGACAGUCCUGAGGCCCGAGAAGCCAUGUUCCUGCGGCGAGCAGCCGUGGCCCCCCAAAGAGCCCCUAUCCUGCGGCCAGCCUUCGUCCCCCAUGUGCUGCAGAGAGCAGAUUCUGCUCUCUCCUCUGCCGCAGGGGGCCCCCGCCCCAUGGGCCUUCGGCCACCUCACCAGGCCCUUGUGGGUCCCCCUCUGCCUGGGCCCCCUGGACCACCCAUGAUGCUGCCACCGAUGGCUCGGGCCCCAGGACCCCCGCUAGCCUCCAUGGCAGCUCUGAGACCUUCCCUGGAAGAGCCAGCAGCCCCCCGGGAGCUGGGGCUGGGCCUGGGCCUGGGCCUGAAAGACAAGGAGGAGGCAGUGGUGGCAGCAGCGGCCGGGCUGGAGGAGGCCAGUGCAGCAGUGGCUGUGGGAGCGGGGGGCACCCCAGCAGGCCCUGUGGUCAUUGGGCCCAGCCUCCCACUGGCCCUGGCCAUGCCAAUGCCUGAGCCCGAGCCCCUGCCCCUCCCUCUGGAGGUCGUCCGUGGCCUGUUACCCCCCCUGCGCAUUCCUGAGCUCCUGUCCUUGCGUCCAAGGCCCCGGCCCCCUCGACCUGAGCCACCCCCUGGCCUCAUGGCUCUUGAGGUUCCAGAACCCCUGGGUGAGGACAAGAAGAAAGGGAAGCCAGAGAGGCUGAAACGUUGCAUUCGCACAGCAGCCGGGAGCAGCUGGGAAGACCCUAGCCUGCUGGAAUGGGACGCAGAUGACUUCCGGAUCUUCUGCGGGGACCUGGGCAAUGAGGUGAAUGACGACAUCCUGGCACGGGCCUUCAGCCGCUUCCCGUCUUUCCUUAAGGCUAAGGUCAUCCGAGACAAGCGCACAGGCAAGACCAAAGGCUAUGGCUUCGUCAGUUUCAAGGACCCCAGUGAUUACGUGCGAGCCAUGCGUGAAAUGAAUGGGAAGUAUGUGGGCUCACGCCCAAUCAAGCUUCGCAAGAGUAUGUGGAAGGACCGGAACCUGGACGUGGUGCGGAAGAAGCAGAAGGAGAAGAAGAAGUUGGGACUGAGAUAGGGUCUGUGGCCGGGCGCUGGCUCUUCCCCACACUUCUCCUUGGAAAGCCCCCCACUGUACCCACCCAACUGCCCCAAAACCAGUUUCAAUAAAUUUAUGUUCAUUUCCA